CCUAGUUCGUGGCGCUGGCUUCCGGAAUGACGCAUACGUCAUUGCGUACGACUCGAAGCUUGUUCCAGAUUGCCUGCCUAAUCUUUAUAAGAGCACACUUCGGAAAGAGUUCGACCAUUGCGCAUCUCUUCUACCACAAUUUAUAACUCUCCUACAACAACAUCAACAACAACAAAAAAAAAGAGUUCAACUUUCUCUACAUCGCUGAUUUUCAUAUUCAACCCACACACUCUCUUAAGAAUAGUCUGGCUAAAUCUAGUCACAAUGCCGCUUGUCGUACCUGGUAUUAACUCGCAAGAUGAUAAGACCACCGAGUGGGCAAACAAGCUGGUGGGAAAGACUGUAAGCGACAACAGCCACAGCGAAACGAACUUCUGUAAGAAGGAUCUCCCGCAACGAUGUCGUGUUAUUCAGCCCGGAAUGAUGGUAACUAAGGAUUUCGUCCCCGAUCGUCUGAAUGUCCACGUCAAGGAUGACGGUACCGUGAGCCAUGUCCAACAUGGUUAAAUACGAACCGUUAGUGGGGAUGGAGAAUACAUUAUCGCAAUUUCAAGGCCGGAUCAGAUCAGUCGUUCUGGAAAUUGGGAUGUCGUUUCGUUAGCAGGGCGCGAAAUGUGUUACAAGUCUCUAUCAUCUGUCAUCACCUACCUAGGUACCUCAAUAUGAGAUAAUAAUAAUGGAUGUCUAAUCGUGAUAUUUCUCGCAUGAA